CAAUACAUCAAUAAUAAAAAAAAAGAAGAAAAAGUUGGGUUAGUUACAUUUGUUGAUAUAUUUAAACGUGUUUUAUACUUUUAUAUUACUACAAUAUGGCUAAAUCACAACAAAAAGAAGCCAAUGCAGAAACUCCUGCUGUAAAUACAAAUUAUUCAAAUGCAAAAACAACAAAAACCAGAAGUGGUUCCAAACCCGAAGCGGUUCCAAGAGGUAAACCAAAGUCAGGCAGGAUUUGGAAAUCCGAAAGGAAAAAAUUCUCCACAGUGAUAAAAACCAAAGGAAUUAAAAACUCAUUUGAAAGGAAAGAAGCUCUACGACAGAAAUUGAAGCAUGUGAAAGAAUUAACGAAUUCCAUCAAAGCUGCAAAACAAGAAGAAAAAGAAAAGAGAAAGGAACGGAGAAGAGCAAACUUAAAGAAGCAAGAAGAGAAUAGGUUAAAAUCGGAAGUUGUGCAAGUGAUCACAAAUACCAAGAAACUGAAGAAAACAAAGAAGAAACACCUAAGGAACAUUGAGAAAAGAGAUACUACAGUUGUGUCUAAAUCUAAAUAGGUUGUAUGUAAUGUAUAUUUUUGUUUACUUCAUUAUUAAAACAAAUUAGAUAAUCA